CCGGUGCCUAAACCACCGGAGAAGUCGUCGGUGGAAGAAGGGGGGAAAAAACAAGUGGCAGAGGUUGCUUGGCUUCCCCGGACUGGAGUUCGAAUCCCGACCAUGAAAUCCGAGCUGGUUACACGUUCUCCACGGACUUCACCAUCACUUCCAUCAACUUUCCGGCCGAUCGCCGAGCAGAAUGAGUCGUUGCGCGCGGAUUAACUUAACUCUCACACAAUGCUAAUUAUGGCAUUUGUUUAGUUGGCGGCACUGUGACUCAUUUUCCCGCCAAAAGUGUCAUCCCCUUGGCAGCUAUUUACCGCCAAAAAGGCUCCCCGUCCACGCCCAUCUGUAUCAUCCCGCAUUCUCACUCUCCACUUCUUCAGCAACUCUACGAGUUCCUCCUUCGACUCCGACGCAUUUCCUCCCCGGUGAAUGAUGAAGCCUCUCGACCUGACUGCCGACAAAGAUUUCGCCAAGGAGUUCCUGAGAGAGUUCGUCGAUGCCAAUGGUGAAGCUAAGUACAUGAACAUCCUCCAAGAUGUUGCAAACCACAAGGUUCGCGCGGUUCACAUUGAUCUUGACGAUCUCUACAACUGGACGGGCUCGGAUGAAGAUUUCCCUAAACGGGUUACUGAGAAUACCAGACGAUACCUGGGGACCUUUGCCUCUGCAAUUGAUGAGCUAUUGCCUGAACCAACUGAGACGGUUCCCGAUGAUGACAACGACAUACUAAUGACGCAGAGGGCCGAGGACCCAACGGAGAGUGCGGAUGGUUCUGAUCAGCAGCAGAAAAUGCCUCCUGAAAUCAAGCGUUUCUAUGAAGUUUACAUUAAAGCAGCUUCGAAGGACAAAAAAUUGAUCAUCAGAUCAGUCAAAGCUUCCAAUAUUGGUCACCUUGUAAGAGUUUCUGGUAUUGUGACACGGUGUUCAGAUGUCAAGCCAUUGAUGCAGGUUGCUGUGUAUACAUGUGAAGAAUGCGGCUUUGAGAUAUAUCAGGAAGUAACUGCACGGGCAUUCAUGCCUUUGUUCAAAUGCCCGUCCAUACGCUGUAAGUUUCAGGAGGCUAAGGUUCAGGAGUUGGCAAAAGAUGUUCCAAUGGGCCAUAUUCCACGGUCCAUGACUGUUCAUUUUAGGGGUGAUCUGACAAGAAGGGUUGCCCCAGGUGACAUAGUUGAAUUGUCAGGAAUCUUUCUUCCAAUUCCAUUUACUGGAUUCAGAGCAUUGCGUGCUGGCUUGGUUGCUGAUACAUAUUUGGAUGUGAUGUCUGUCAAUCAUUCCAAGAAAAGAUAUGAAGAGUAUGAGCAGGGAGGUGAUGAGGAAGAGCAAAUUAUGCGACUGGCCGGGGAUGGUGAUAUAUAUAAUAAGUUGGCACGGUCAUUAGCACCUGAAAUUUAUGGACAUGAAGAUAUUAAGAAAGCUUUACUACUUCUCCUUGUGGGUGCUCCUCAUAGGAAAUUGAAGGAUGGGAUGAAGAUUAGAGGAGAUCUACAUAUAUGUCUUAUGGGUGAUCCUGGAGUGGCAAAAAGUCAACUUCUGAAGCACAUUAUCAAUGUUGCACCCAGGGGAGUGUAUACUACUGGCAAAGGAAGCAGCGGCGUUGGUCUAACUGCUGCUGUUCAAAGAGAUCCAGUUACAAAUGAAAUGGUCUUGGAAGGCGGGGCUUUGGUGCUUGCUGACAUGGGUAUUUGUGCAAUUGAUGAGUUUGACAAGAUGGAUGAAUCAGAUCGUACUGCAAUUCAUGAAGUUAUGGAACAGCAGACUGUCAGCAUUGCAAAAGCUGGGAUCACCACUUCGCUUAAUGCAAGAACUGCUAUCCUUGCUGCAGCUAAUCCAGCAUGGGGGAGAUAUGACAUGCGGAGAAGUCCAGCUGAAAAUAUCAAUUUGCCUCCUGCUCUUCUAUCAAGAUUUGAUCUUCUAUGGUUGAUUCUUGAUAGAGCAGAUAUGGAUGCAGAUCUUGAAUUGGCUAGGCAUGUUGUUUAUGUGCACCAAAACAAGAAAUCUCCUGCUCUUGGUUUUGCUCCUCUUGAACCAUCUAUACUCCGUGCAUAUAUUUCUGCUGCAAGGAGAUUAUCGCCGUUUGUGCCCAGGAACCUUGAGGAAUAUAUCGCAACUGCGUACUCCAGCAUUCGGCAAGAAGAAGCCAAGUCAAAUGCUCCUCAUUCCUACACAACCGUCCGAACCCUGCUUAGCAUUCUCCGAAUAUCAGCUGCAUUAGCAAGGCUCCGGUUCUCAGAGACUGUGGCACAAAGUGAUGUUGAUGAGGCACUUAGACUAAUGCAAAUGUCGAAGUUCUCGUUGUAUUCUGAGGAACGUCAAAAGUCUGGUCUGGAUGCAAUCUCCGACAUCUACUCAAUCUUACGGGAUGAAGCUGCAAGGGCCGACACAAUGGAUGUGAGCUAUGCUGAUGCUCUUAACUGGAUUUCUAGGAAGGGCUAUAGCGAGGCACAGUUGAAAGAAUGCUUAGAAGAAUAUGCUGCUUUGAACGUGUGGCAGAUCACCCGCCCCAGCUUCUGACAUUCGGUUCAUUGAUGCCUGAAAACUGGAAUCCCAUACGUGUUACAGAUUGGCUUUGGCCUUUGGCUCUUCUUCCCCCCUUUAAUUCUUUCUGGGGAACGUUUAGUGUGUGAAAUGAAUGUUAGGCCUACUGACAGUAGUAUUGCUUCGUUCUGGUAAAAGGACAACUAGUCAUGUAUAAUUUGUCAGCAUGAAAUAAAGAUGAUUGAAUUCCUAUGAAUGUAUGUACAUGAUGUGAUAAGUGUAUGAACUCGAUCUUGAUGUACAUUCGUCACAGAUUUGAUCUUAACUGUUUGGAGGACCAUUCUAUAAGGGAAAAUAUUUGGGGGACAAAAUAACGGUCACUAAAAGAC